AUGGUUGAUGGUACAAGCAGUAAGGAUAAGUUCCCAGAUGCUAUGGGGAAUCAUUGGGAACGUGUAAAUGCCAUAGUUCUAUCUUGGCUGAUGAACUCUAUGGCUAAAGGGCUUCUUGGAGGAAUUAUGUAUGCCUCUAGUGCGCAAACUGUUUGGGAAGACUUAGCUGAAAGAUUCAAUAAAGUAGAUGGCUCAAGAACUUUAAAUUUACAUAAAGAAAUAGCCACUUUAACUCAAGGGUCUGCUUCUGUCUCAGUAUAUUUUUCAAAACUUAAAGAUCUUUGGGAAGAAUUUGAGGCUUUAGUUCCUGCACCUGAAUGUGAUUGUCCUAAAUCAAGAGAUUUUGUUAACUAUCUGCAGAAAUUAAGGCUAUAUCAGUUUCUAAUGGGGCUGAAUGAGUCCUAUUCACAAGCUAGAAGUCAAAUUCUUAUAAAAAUCUCAUUAUCUACUGUAAAUCAAGCCUAUGCCUUAAUAGUGAGUGAUGAAAGUCAAAAAUCUGUAGCUGCUAACUCUGGAAUAGUUGGAGCUAACCCUGUAGGAAAUUUUGAAGUUGCAAUGUAUACUAGGCAUGGUGCAGGUGGUCAAGGUCAAAGCUUGUUGGAUACCCUCAAGAGUUCAGACAAAAAAAAAAGGGGAUAUAAUGCAGCUCAUAAUGUCAAGUUCCUGAAUGAAAAUGUUGAUAAUCAAAAUCAGAAUUCUAAUACACUUACUGUUGCAUAUGGAAAAAACACAAGUGGUUUAAAGCAGUCUGCUUGUGGAAGUCAGGUGUCUUAUGGUCAAGGAUUAGAAGAGGUUGCAACCCAACUAAGAAACUUCACAUUCUCAAAGGAUCAAUAUGAUCAAAUUGUGCAGCUGUUAAACAAAGGAGUAGCCUCAACAAGCAUUAACAAUGAAGAUUCAGCUGCCAAUACAACAGGUACAGAUACUAAUACAACACUGUUGAUCUCAAAUGGUUCACAGGAUUGGAUUAUAGACACUGGUGCAACAAACCAUAUGGUAUCUGAUACCAGUCUUCUAAGUGAAUCUACUAUAAUUCAGACAGUUAAUCCUAAGAAGGUUUUGUUGCCCAAUGAAGAUGUGUCUCUAGUUACACAUACAGGGGCAAUCUCAAUUUCUGAUAAGAGUACUAUACCUAAUGUCUUUCAUGAUCUCUUCACUGGGAAGGUAAGGGAGAUUGGUAAAGAAGUAAGAGGACUAUACAUACUACUAGCCAGAUUGGCCAGGAAUAGACAAAAAGCUGAGUAUAUUGCAAGAGGAUUAACAGCAGAAGAAUUUAGUAAAGUCAUCAAGGUCAUUAGAACAGACAAUGGUACAGGAUUUGUAAAUUCUUUGUGUGAGCAAUUAUUCAAAAAUCUUGGAAUGAUUCAUCAAAAGACUUGUGCAUACACUCCUCAACAAAAUGGAGUAGCAGAGAGAAAGCACAGACAUGUUUUAGAAAUAACAAGAGCUAUAAGAUUGCAAGCUAAUAUUCCUAUAAAGUUCUGGGGUCAUUGUAUUUUAGCUGCAGUAUAUAUUCUUAACAGAUUACCUAGCUCAGUCAUUGCAAACAAAUCUCCUUAUAAAAGGUUGUAUAACAGGAAACCCUCUCUAAAGCACUUAAGACUGUUAGGGUGCUUAUGUUUUGCUAAAGUAGUUCAAGAACAGGACAAACUAAUGUCUAGAUCAAGGGUAUCUGUGCAUAUGGGAUAUUCAGAAGUUCAUAAAGGCUAUGUUCUAUAUGAUCUAGGGAGUAAGUCAUUCUUCAUCAACAGGGAUGUAAUAUUCAAAGAAAAUAUAUUCCCAUUUAAAAGAGCAGAAUCCUCUUCCACUUCUAUAUUUCUGGAUACUACAACCAAUGUAGAAUCAUACAUGCACAAUUCUGAUGCAUUCUUGGAACAAAGGUUUAAUACACUAACAGAUACAAGAAAUUCAAGGAACUCAACUACGGCCAAUGAUAGUGUAGCAGAGAACUACAACUCUGAGUCAGUGCAGGAUUUUCAAAAUCACAAUACAACUGAAGAAGAUAUACAAACAUAUCAGAACUAUCACAGCACAACAGAGGGGGAGUCACAAGCACAACAGAACUGUCAAAGCUUAUCUACUGCAGCUCCUCAUAACAGAAAUCAAGUGAUUUCAAAUGAACUUACUACCAGAAAAUCCACCAGAGAUAAACAACCACCAGUAUGGCUGAAAGACUUUGUCUCCCUAAACAUUCAUCAAGAGAGAAAGUACACAUUAGAGCUCAUAGCAGAAGUGGGAUUAACUGCAGCAAAACCAUCAACUACACCAAUUGAUAUCAACACUAAACUUACAACAAAACAGUAUGAUGAGCACAUUUCAAAUGAUGGAAGAAUAUUUGAAGAUCCUACUGUAGAUCAGACAGCUUAUCAAAGGUUAAUAGGUAAACUCUUGUACUUAACUGUCACUAGACUAGAUAUAAUCUAUGGAGUGCAAACUCUAAGCCAGUUUCUUCAGCAACUAAAGAAAUCUCAUAUGGAAGUUGCCUUAAGAAUUGUGAAUAUGUGA